AUGAUUCCGCGCGUCACGGACAACGUGACAAUUUCCGAGGCAUCCAAAGCGGCUAAUAAAGUGAAGCCGGACUGCCCACACACACCCGCCCUCUCCAGCCUCAUAUUAUCUGCUAUGUUGAUGGCUGCCUACCGUGAUGAGCACUCUGAGAUACGCAUAGCCUAUGGAAUUGAUGGGUAUCUUCUCAAUGGCGGGCGUAUGCAGGCCCGAACGGGGCUAUCUACGACAACGGUCCACGACCUGCCCUUAGCCGACGACUGCGCGCUCGACUCUACGAUUGAAGAAGUCUUGCAACAGAGCAUGGGUCUCCUAGCCCCCAGAUACGCUCAAUUCAGACUGACCAUCCAUGCGUGCAAAACGGCGAUUGUGAAUCAGCCGCCACUGAACGCGAACUACAACUCUCCUCGGAUCACUGUCAACGACAGACAACUCCGAACCGUGAACCACUUCGCCUAUCUAAGAAGCACACUCUUGCGCGGCACAAACAUCGACUAUGAGGUUGUCCGUCGGCUUUUCAAGACCAGUCAGGCUUUCAGCUGGUCGCAAGCCUCCCUGCGGAAUCGUCAAAGCCUUCAAUUAAACACCGAACUGAAGAUAUAUAAGGCCGUUGUUCUGAAAAUUCUUCAAAACGAGCGGAGCCCUAGACUAUCUACGCAAAAAUUCCAGGAAAUCAACCACUUCCAUGUCAGCUACCCCAGCAGAAUACUGAGGCUGUCGCAGGACAUGACCCCGGACAUGGAAGCUCUAGAACGCACCAGAACCCCCAGCAUCCACGCCAUGUCGAGCCAGCUGUAA